GAUUUGACCCCAGGCCCAUGUGUAUACGGACAUGCUGUAAAUUCCUUAAGUACAAGCGGGCAAUUUUCCCGCAUGCGAAUCAGAGAGGCGGCGGACUCGGACUCCCUCUCAGGCGCCGGUUUGGGCGAAAGGAAAAGGGCCAGACGCUUCAUUGUGAGAGUAAGAUAGUUAACUGAUGAUCGUACUAUGGAGGAAGACUUCUCAGUUUCCACCCCUUGCUCUUCUAUCGCGGUCGAUUCCGUCUUACGCAUGAGCUCCGCUGGAGUGAUAUGGGGUGCUUGUUUUGGACCAUUUGAUGCUAGAAGACUAGGUCUAUCUGGCAGUGCCCGUGCAUCGCACAUUGCCAAGACAGUUGGCCAGUGCGGCUUUUCAUGUGGAAUAUUUGCUGCAAUAUUUUCUUUUACUCACUGUGGAAUGCAAAGGUAUCGGCGGAAGAAAGACUGGGUUAAUACUUUGGCAGCAGGUGUUCUAGCCGGGGCAGCUUUUGGAGCUGGAACCCGGAAUUGGAAACAAGUUGCUGGUAUUACUGGGCUUUUCUGUACGCUUUUUCAGUUUGCCCAGGACUCCAAAUCUGUUUGAUGCACCAUUUCAACUAGGUCGUCAUGACAUUUGCACAGGAAGCCACUAGCCAUUUACGAGGCAUAAAGGGGCUCGUACUCUUUAUCAUUGUCUGCAAGCCACCGAUUCAUGAAAAUGAUUAUGAUGCCAAUAACCAGAGAUUUGAGAAGUAACGCCAUCAGUUCU